AUGACACUUGUAAUUAUUACUGGAGGAGGCGGUUUCCUAGGCCAAUGCCUUGCCACUGCUUUGCUCAAGAGAUCCACUAUUGGAAUUGAAACAUCGGAGGGGACUACGGAAGAGGCUUCCAUUACCAAGCUCGUUUUGGCCGACAUUGCGUUCCCCCCCUCCUUGCAACCUACCAUUGAAGCAGCUGGCAGCCUUGUGGAAAAAUUACAGGGCGAUGUAUCGGACGAGAAAUUUUGUAGUGAGCAACUGUUCUCUUAUGUGACCGAUUCCACCAAACACGUUUCCAUCUUUCACAUGGGUGCCGUCAUGUCGGGAACGGGAGAGAAGGACUUUGACUUGGCCAUGAGAGUCAAUCUCUAUGGCACUCUCAACAUGCUGGAGGGAGCAAGAAAACACAUUUUCGAAAAAUUCGGUUUCGCCGCAAAGUUCAUUUUCACUUCUGCUGGAGCCACCAUUGGAUCGGGAGCACCAACGGAUUACGUUCAAAAGGAGGAUUGGAUCUCGGACGCCUCCCGAGCUACACCUCACACUACCUAUGGCAUGACCAAAGCCUGUUGCGAGUUGCUUAUGACGGACUUUUCCAGACGAGGCUUUGUUGAUGGCCGUGCUGUUCGUCUUCCUUCCAUUGUGGUCCGUGCCGGGGCUCCCAAUGCAGCUACCACUUCUUGCUUUUCGUCCGUCAUUCGAGAACCUCUGUCUGGUAUUGAUGUUGUCCUUCCCAUUGCUGACAAUGUGCCACAUGCGGUGACUGGAACCCGAGCCGCCAUUAACGCCAUGAUGACGGUUCAUGAUGCUAGUAGAGCCGAGAUCGAAGAAGUGCUUGGCUUUGACAGAACGGUCUUCCUACCAGCAGUUGCCGUGUCGUUGGGAGAACUCCAAGAAGCUUUGUACAAGGUUGUCACACCAGCUAGCAAAGGGAAGCUCGGAGCAAUCACAUAUGAGGUGGAUGAUUUUUUGUCCAACGUUGUUGGCGGCUUUCCUACGAAAAUUGAUGCCAGUCGGGCGUUGCAACUGGGUGUUACACCUGCACCCAAUGCUGAAACUCUGGUACGCGAGUACAUAAAAGACUUUUCGACGGCACUCGUGGACGGCAUUGAAAUCGUGCCUCCAACCAGUGGAUCGCCAAAGGCAAUGGUAGACGAAAAGGUAGCAGUCAUUACAGGCGGAGGCAGUGGUAUUGGACGUGGGGUAGCGGUUCGAUUAGCAGAAGAUGGCUGGUCUCUGGUUCUCGCGGGAAGAAGAAUGGCAACGUUGAAAGAGACACAAAAGAUCUUGGGUUUGGCUGAUGACAAAUGUCUUUGCGUCGCCACCGACGUUUCGGUUGAAAAUGAUGUUAAGGAACUAUUCCGAAAGACUGAAGAACAAUUCGGCUUAGAGGUUGGUCAUCUACUAUUGUUCAACAAUGCCGGCAUCAAUUCACCUGCUGCGAGUGUAGAGAAUGUCGAAUACGCCGACUUUGAAAAGGUCAUUAAAGUUAAUUUACAUGGGCCGUUCUUGUGUGCCAAGGAGGCGAUGAAACUCAUGGCCAAGACUGGUCGGGGAGGACGCAUCAUCAACAAUGGAAGCAUAUCAGCUCACGUCCCGCGGCCAAAUUCCGCCUGUUAUACAAGUGCCAAACAUGCUGUCUUGGGAUUGACAAAGUGUAUUGCUCUAGAUGGCCGAAAGCUGAAAGUGGCGUGUGGACAAAUCGAUUUUGGCAACGUGGUUAGCGAAUUGAGCAUGGCAACCAACACCAAAGAAGGUGCCUUGCAACCCAACGGAACCAAACUGGUCGAGCCUAGCAUGUCAAUGAAGGAUGCUACAGAAGCAUUCUGGACCAUGGCCAACAUGCCCUUGCAAGCGAAUGUUUUGCAAAUGACAGUUAUGGCCACCAAUAUGCCCUUUGUUGGCAGAGGUUAA